GUAAACAAUUAUUUUUAUUAUUAUUUUUGACAUCAAAAUUAUUAUAUAAUUAAAAUUUCAUUAAACACAUAUACAUGUUCAACUUACAAAAUUUAAUACCUAUAAUACCAACAGCAAAAAAUUUGAAUGCAAAAAUUUUUUUAAUACCGUUGUCAUUAUUUUCAAAAAUAUUUUGUCAUUUUUGGGGUGUCUCAUUUCAAACUGAUUUAUUAAUUAUGAAUUUUUUAGGUGCACUAAACAGUUUUUGGGAUUGGAAAAAAUUCAACUGGACUCACCAGGUUAACGAAAUUUCAAACAUUCAAUUUCUCAAUCAGAAUAACAAUAACAAAAAUGAGCUAAUCAUUGAAACUGUAUUAACCUGGAUUGUUAUUUCACGAAUAAUUAUUGCUCCAUUGCAUACACUAAGUUAUCUACCAAAUUUUUAUUCAAUCUUAACUUGGUGUCGUGGAAAAUUUUUAAUUCCUUGGCUAUUAAUAAGUGCAUUUAAAAAUAUUAUUAUUGAACUUAUUGUUAUUACAGUUAUUUUAUUAUUAUAUAUUGAAAAAAAAAUUACUGGAAUUUUAGUAUUUUUAUUUAUCAUUGAAAAAAUAUUAACAACUGCUCCAUCAAUUUAUAGUUGGUUAACAAUGCAUGAGUUUUAUAAAAAACUUGAAAAAAUUCAACAACGAAAAUUAACAAGAUUAAAUCAUCUUGAAUUUCUUAAGAAUGAUACGGAAUCAUCAAAUAUAAUGCUUGGUUUUAAAAUGAAAAAUAUAAAAUUACCGGGAAAUUAUGAAUAUGUUUAUGAUGAAAAAUAUAAUUUAAGUAAAACUUUAAUAAAGCAAAGUAAACUUUAUUCAAGUCUUGAUAAUAUUGUGUUUAAUGAACAUGAUUCAUCGAUGGAUUACAACAUUGAAUUUAUGAACAAAUAUUCAAGGUCAUUAACAGCACUAUCCUAUGAAAAAUUACAUUUACAAGCAGUUGGUUAUUAUGAUGAUGAUAGCGUCAUGAGUGAUUUAACAUUGACACCUGCUGAAACAGCCAAAAAAGUUUUAAAUAUUGAAUUAAAAACACAUGUAGAAGAUAAAUCAAAUAUUUGUGAGGAAAAAAAAUUUAUAAAUAAUAAAGUUGAGUCAGAUUGUUGUUGUUCAAGUAAUAAUGAAAAUAUGAAAAAUAAAAAUAACAUAAAUGUUGAUGAAAAUAAAAAUGAUAAUGAUAAAAGUGACGAAUCAGAAAAAAAAAAAUUUAAUAAAGAUAAUUUUGAAUGUGAAAAAAAAAUAUCUUGGCCUGAUGACAGUUGGAUUUUAAAAAGAGAAAUGUUUUAUAAAAAUAAAAAUAAUAUUUUUAAUGUUAAUAACGAUGAAUUGACGAGUUGGUACUCUGAUGAUGAGGAUGAUGAUGAUAGUGAUGAGACAGAUGAAAAAUUAUCAAUAAACAAGGACAAAUCAUUUGAGAAAAAUAAUAGUAAUAAUAAUAUUACAGAAAAUAAAUCAUUACCGAGAAAAAUUAAUCGAAUGAAUAUAUCAAAAAAAUGGCAAGAUAGAUUGCAAAUAAUUGGGGGAUCAUUUGAAUCAACACUUCAACAAGUUGACUCUAAAAGACAACAAAAUAAUACUGAUAAUAAUAAUGACAAAAUUGAAAUAAGUAGAUCAUGGGUAUUAGAUGGUAUGAGUAUUGAACUUGUUAAACCAAAUUCAGAUGUUGAUGAAAAAUUAAAUAAUAAUUAUGAAUAUAAAAAUCUUAGAUUUACGUCUGAUAAACAAAAUAAAAAUAUUAAAAUAAUGACUGACAGUGUAUGUCAAACGGAUGAUAAAAAUCUAGAUAAUGUUAAAAAAAAAUUAAUAAUUGAAAGUGAAGAAAUUAAAGCAUUAAAAGCAUAUAAUGCAAAAACCCUAUACAUUGAUAAGAAAAAGCUAGAGCAUCAAAAUUUACAAAAAUUAUCAUCAAGACAAAAACAAAAAAUUGAGAAUCAUCAAAAAGAAAAAAUAAUGCCUCGAAUAUUGAAUGAAGCAUACACCAAUGAUCAUCAAAGAGUAACAAUAAUUGCAAAUCAAAGUUCAUCAGAAUUAUACCCAUUAUCAGAACAAAUACCAAAUGUAUUCCAUGAAAUUAUUAAAACAGCUAGAAUAAGAACUCUAAAUCAUGCUUGUAAUUAUCAACAAACACAUGAUGUCGACUUUGGUGAAGUGUAUUUACAAGAAAUGAUGCACUUGAACGAUAAUAAUGAUAAUGAUAAUAAUGUUAAUAAUCAAAUUGAUAAUCGAAAUUCGUCUGAAAGUAUUUCUACAAUACCAGUUGUUAGUGAGUUACCAUCACCUGCUAAUGAUACAAAUGAAAGUGAAUAUUUAUUUCCUCAAAACUUGCUGAAUGAAUUAGUAAUCAAUCCAUUUAAUGACAUUGAUACAGCUCCAACAAUAGAAACAAUAGAAAUUGUUGAAAUAAAUGAAAGAGAUUUUCACAGUACAGAUAGUAGUUUGACUGAUGAGACAAGUUCAAUUGAUCAUCUUCAUUCAACAAUAUCAAUUGGAGGACAAAGCAAUAUGUCUGAAUUCAUAGAGACUUAA